CAGGCUGGCCGCACCCCAGCCUUUGGCAGCUGGGGCAGGGAGUGCUCAGAGCAAGGAAUUUACGCUGCUGGGGAGAACUCAUCUUCGGGAAACUCAAAUUUUCAUCCAGGGAGUGAGAACCUGAGCCGAAUGCCUGUGCCUGGUGCCGCUCAGCCUGCGCGGUUCAGCCUUCUCCUCCCCAUGCACGGCUCCAGCUGGCUGAGGGUUGUGCUCUUCUUUGGGGUACAGCUGCGAGCACUGUGGCCUGCAGCAGCCGUGGAGGUUUACACUGCCAAGGAGGUGAACGCUGUGAAUGGCACCAACCUGAGGUUGAAAUGUACCUUUUCCAGCACCAGCCCCAUUAGCCCAAACCUGGCAGUGACCUGGAACUUUCAGCCCGAGGACCUGAGCUCUCAUGAGCCUGUGUUCCGCUACCUGAAGGAGCCCUACGCGCCGCCGGCAGGGCGCUUCAAGGAGCGAGUCACCUGGGACGGCAACAUCGAGCGGCAGGACGCCUCCAUCCUGCUCUGGAACCUGCAGCACACCGACAACGGCACCUUCACCUGCCAGGUCAACAACCCCCCCGACUUCUACGGCACCAUCGGAGAGGUGCGGCUCAGAGUGGUGCAGAAAGUGUCCCUCUCUGAAAUCCACUUCCUGGCAGUGGCCAUCGGCUCUGCUUGUGUCCUGAUGGUGGUGGUGGUGACAGCUGUGAUCAUCUGCAGGCACCGGCGGAAGAAAGCGGAGGAGAAGGGCAUCGAGGUGGCAGACACUGAGCUCACAGAAAAGGAGACUCUGAAGGUCAGAGAAGAAAAAGAAGCUGUUCCAUUAGAGGACUAAAGGCCUUGGGUAUGUCUAGUGCAGGGCUCCACUCAGACACUCACUAAUUAACAUCUUGGUGUGUCUGCAGACUUUCUAAGGCAGCUUUACUUGGCUGUUUCUCUUCUGGAGCCAUAGCAGCCACAAACUGAGACCACAGCCACACUUUGCCCUUGAGAUGCCUUCAGAGAGGCAGAAACCAACAGGCAGUGGGGAUGUUUUUUCUCCCCUCUCUCAACUGUGAUGAUUCCUCCACCCCAGCGUGGGGAUCACUCAUAGUAAAGCUGUUGUUGCUGCUCCCUCCUGCCAUCUGCCUGCUCUCUGAGUCAAGAGGAAUUACUCACACCAGUUUUGAACCUGAUGGGUUGUUGGGGUAUGGGGUGGUGGUGUUGUUUUUUAGCCAUUUGAUCUUGCUUGUUUCAGAGUUGACUCAAAACUCCUUCCAGAUUUGCUGGCAGGUUUCAGCCUCAUUUUUUCCCCCCUCUUUCUGAGGUCAGUCGUUGCCUCUAACUCUUUCUUGUUUUCAACAGUAGCCCUGAGUAAUGAGUCUGGUUUGGUUCUCCU